AUGGUGCUUGGGGCUAAUCCUCCACUGCCGGUCUUUGAAGGUUUUAUCAAGAGAGUUUGGGGUCACCUGGAAAUUGCUCAAAUUGCAAGAAUGUCCAUGGGUCUGGUGAUGGUAAAAUUUAAUGAUGAGGCUACUCGUAGUCAUGUGUUGGAAAAUGGCAGUCUUCAUUUUGACAGAAAACCAGUGAUUGUUCGACCUUGGACAACAGAUUUAAAUGCGAUUCGGUUGGUCCGCUUAGUGCCAUUAUGGAUUAGAUUGCAUGACCUUGGUCUUCAAUAUUGGGGCAACAACUGCCUUAGUGCUCUAGUGAGCACUAUCGGUAAGCCGAUUAUGGUUGAUAAGUUCACUCAAGAGAGAACUAGAGUUCAGUUUGCUAGAGUGCUGGUGGAGAUGGAACUUUCAAAUAAUCCUCCUAGGGUUAUUCAUUACAUGAAUGAAUUUGGUCAACUUGUGGAGCAAGGAGUGGAGUAUGAGUGGUUACCAGUCAAAUGUAAUAAUUGUGGAAAUUAUGGCCAUGUUAUUACUGAUUGUCGCAAGAAUCAGAAGGGCCAAAUGGAUCCAAAGGUUACUGAGCCUAGUUGUUCUCAGGUUGAGGAAAGGGAGAAGACUAAUCAGAUAGUUUCUUCAACAACGGCAAAGGCAUCAGAUCAGGUUGUGACUACCGUGGCUGAUCAGGGACAUUCUUCAAGUAACAAGGAGAUGGUUGAGGAUGUUAAAGCUGAUCAGGGACAAGAUUUGAAGAGUAAGUGGCACACGCCUAAGAGAUCAUGGAGUCUGCAUAGAAGUGGUCAAAGGGGUGGAAAUAGUAGUUUGAAUGGUCAUAAAGAUGAGGUACAGGAUAAGAAUUUGACAAACUUAUUUGGGGUCCUUCAGGAACAGGCAGAGGGAAUAGUAGAUGGCAGAGGUAAUUUGGGAUUGAAUAAUCCGAAAAAACAGAAAGCUGUGUUAGAUACCUGUAGUAAGAUUAAGAUUGGAAUUGGAGCUAUGUUAGAAAAUAAAAUGAAGGUUAGUAGAGUGCAGGAAGUAAUGGAUAAUAAAUUUAGGAACUGGGAUUACUAUACUAGUCCAGUGAUUGAGGGAAGGAUUUUGAUUAUAUGGAGGAAAUUUUUUGUUAAAGUGAUUGUGUUAGAGGAGAAUGCCCAGUUUGUUCACUGCCUAGUUAAAAUGGCUGGUCACAAGAGCUCGUUUAAUAUUACAUUUGUCUAUGGCAGAAAUACUUUGGAAGAGAGGAAGACUUUAUGGAAUGGUUUAGCUCAAAUAGUUUGUUCGGCUAACCCUUGGAUGGUUCUGGGGGACUUUAAUGCAAUUUUUACAGCUAGAGGAAGGAAUGGAGGAAAAUCAGUGUCUUCAACAGAAAUUGUUGAUUCAUCUCAGUGGCUGUCAAUGUCUAGUCUGGAAGCUCUUAAGAGUAUGGGUUCGUUUUAUACUUGGACUAAUAAUCAAGAUGGAGAUGCUAGAAUCUACUCUAAAAUAGAUCAUGCAUUCAUUAAUGAGGAGUGGUUAGAUGGAUUUCAUAAUACCACUGCUGUCUUUAAAUGGGAGUCAUACUCUAAUCACUGUGCGUGUACUAUUUCUAUGUUGCCUGUGGAGGAUUUGGGUAUUAAGCCUUUUAAAUUUUACAAUUUCUGGACUGAGCAUAGGAAUUUUAAACAGUUGGUUUUAGACAACUGGAGGCAACCAUUGAAAGGCAGAGGGCUGAAGGCUAUUUAUCUUAAGACAAUGAGAUUAAAGCAUAAAUUGAAGAGAUUUAAUUUGGACUGUUUUGGAGAUUUGGGAAUGAAGUUUCACGCAGCAAAAAUUUAUUAUCAGGAAGCAAUGUUCCAAGCUUAA